GUCUGACCCAGCUCAGCAACCUGCUCCUGGUGGGGGAACCCCCGAAGGAGGAGCUCCUGGUGGGGGAGCCCCUGAAGGGGGAGCCCCUGGUGGGGGCCCCCCCGGGCCAUCCCCCAAUCUGAGCAGUAAUCGUCGGCUGCAGCAGACGCAGGCUGAAGUGAAGGAGGUGGUUGAUAUAAUAUGUGUAAAUGUAGACAAGGUGCUUGAACGAGACCAGAAGCUGUCAGAGCUAGAUGACCGGGCAGAUGCACUUCAGGCUGGUGCCUCAAUAUUUGAAAGUAGUGCAGCAAAACUCAAAAGGAAGUAUUGGUGGAAGAACUGCAAGAUGAUGAUCAUGAUGGGAGUGAUUUGUGCCAUUGUGGUGGUGGUGAUUGUAAUCUACUUUUUUACUUGAAUGUAGCUCCUUCAAUCUGCAACCUACUGUCCCCUGUCACCUUGCCUGUCUCUUCUUGCCUCUGAAUCUUUCCUUCCCUUCCCUUCCACCUGGCUUCUUCAUUGAUUUCUUUAUUGGUUUUAAUUUGUCUUCUGUAUGGGACUCUGAAGUGCUCUACUGAACAUGAUUAGACUCUUCAACAGCUGCUGCAGCUUUAGGGAGGGUCAUCUGAGUGUAGAGGAGGAGUGGGUAGCUAUUCCUCCUGCUCUUCUGCAGGGAACUUUUGUGCUUUAUUUUUGGGUGUGAGCUUGUCAAAUAGUGCCUGUAUGGACUCUAGCAAAAUAAGAAUGCCUUAACACAGUGCCUUUGGGGAUGAAGGACUUCAGCAUGUGAGAUUCUUUAGUGUUCUGUCUAAAAAGAGUGGCAGCAUGACUUAAGAUUUUCAUUGAGCUUCUGAAAUAAAGGCUAGUUUGUGUUGCUCAGUGACUGUAAGCUGUCUGACUGAGCUAGA